AUGGUGGCUCUAUCGGUGGGAUUGAGGACGAGUGCCCCUGGUGGUGCGGCCGGGGGGCUAGAUUGGGGGGCGAGGGCGUUGUCGAAGGGGGGGAUCGUCGGGUCAGGAGACGUCGAUGCCGCCGGUGCUGCCUGGAACGGCUCUGCAGAGGGCUGGAUGGGGAUGGCGGGAGGGGACGGGGGAGGAGGAGGAGCCGUGAGCGUGUUGGCGCUAGCCAGCGGGAGCUUUCUGGACCGUGGUCCGUUGCGGGUGCUGAAUACUACAAUGGAGGUGCCGCCGACGGUUUUCUUGGAGGGGGUCAAGGGGCGCGACGAGACAUCAUCGCCGAAUGCUGCCCGAACGCAGCAGCAACCGCUUAUACCGCUGCCGCUACAGGUUUACUUCUUGCGAACCAUGGCGGUCCUUAUCCAGGCAGGCCCAGGGGGUGGCUUGGAUGUUCCAGCUGUCAAGGCCGUCCUGCAUGCGCAGGGGUUGGAACGGGACAAGGGUCUGAAGGACAGGAGUAAACCUAGGCGGCUGGCGUCUCUACCGGGGCACACGGAUGACCUCCUCAGGCACACCACGGGAGAGUCCGCGGGGUUCCCAUCCGGACACCUGAUGCCAUAUCGGCUCGUUGCGGGACCCCUGCUGAGGCUCUCGACGGCCGAGGGGGGUGGCGCUGCGGCUGGCUUGGGGGGUGUCUCCCACGAGGAACGUAGGCGCUUCUUGGUCCUGUACGAGAUAGUGGCUACGGAGGGAUCGGACCGACCGCCACCACCUAACAGAGACGCGGCGUUGCGGGAGACAUCGCGGACGGUGUGUGGCCUGGUGACGCCUGCGGGAUACGGAGAGGCCCACGGCAGAUACGAGAACGAAGCACAGCUGAGCCAUCUCUUCCCGGCUACGGAUGGCUGCUUCGUGUCCACGUCCGCGAACGCCGGAGCCGAGCCCUCGGCUUUGCUGGUGGAGGGAGGUGGCUAUCUGGCGGCGGUGUACUCGAUACCCGACAUGCAGAUGCUGGGUCGGAAGGCCCUCUCCCUGCCGGUAACCAGGGUGAUUGCCACGCCAGAGUGCUUGGGUCCGCAGCGGGGCAAGGUGUUGUACGUCGUUCGAUCCCCACACACCCCGUCUGGCUUUCUGGAGACCAUGGUGUACAGCGACCGCGGAGGACUUCAGUGCCCGGAACCCCUCCUCCCGGUGGUCUCACAAGGUGAAGGAGGCGGUGUCGCCCCGGGGUGGGCAGGAGGUCGGCCGUACGCUAACGCUCAUCUCGUGCUGGAGCCCUCUGAAAGAGUUGUCGACGCGAAGUUCCAGCAGCUCACGACCGUGACGGAGCUCGCGACUUGGGGUUACAGGCGAGGCGGGCAAGAAACCACCACCACCAGCUCCACCCCCCAGCCCGCCGCCCCGAUGCUCGCGGUCCUCACGACGCGGCGCGUGCUGAUGCUCUCGGCCGCCCGCCUCACCACCGUCGCGGAGGCCUGGGGUCACCCCCCCGACAGCCGCUCCGCCCUGGGCGCCUCCGGCGGGCUGUCCGUGUCCGCGGUGUCGGUGGCGUGGGCGGGGUCUAGUGUUGUCUGUACCCUGGAGGACGGCAGGAUUGUCUACCUCAACCCGGGAGAUGGCGUCAAAAACGCCUUCCAGCAAAAUGAACAUCAACAUCAAGAGCCCGACAUCCCCGGCGGGGGCUCUCUUGGCUCCGGCCCCUGGCGACCGCUGUGCUCCAUGGACCGCCGGCUGUGCGCGGGAGGCAUUGGUAUCGCGGCCUGUCUGCCUGACCGGUUGUGUCUGGUGGUUCGGGGAGGCGCCGGGGGCGGCAUUUCUCAUCUUAUCACGAGGCCGUUUUUCCCGUUAGAGCCCCUCGUGGCGGGCGUGCUAGCCGCCGCCUCAGCCGGAUCUUCGCCGCCGCCGCUCCCAUUCCCACUCCCACUCUUCUCUCCGGGAAGCGGCAGCGACGGCAGCGACGGCGGGGGCGACGUGGAGCGAUUGUUGGAUGACGGCACCCUCCAAGUGCUGAGAAGGAUUGUGGCGCGGUACGCCCCCCCCAGAUCACGCCUUCCCCGGGGCACAAACCCCGGGGAUGGGCCGGGUCUCGGAGCGGGCGCCACCUGCUCGGCGUUCCGCGUCCUCAGUCGCUACGGGCUGCACGUGUUGGCGGCGGAGGUUGCCGGGGUGAGCAGCAGCAGCAGCGGCGGGGAGGCGACGGAGACUCGGUCAUCGGAUGUGUUCAUGCGAAGGCGGCCCUGGAUCUCCCCCCUAGAGCGGAGCCACUGUGCCGCGUCGCUGGAGCUUCCUUUGACGGCCAUGAUCGAGGGGAUCGGGGAUGACCCAGCGUUAGUCGACACUUCGACCGACCCGGACGCCAUGACCUCGGCCGUUCUCCCUGCCGUCGGCAGCAGGCUUUCUCGGAUGGCACUCUCCCUCGGCGAGCAAAGCGCUCGUCUCGGCCUCCACGAGGCAGCCGCACGUCUCUUCGACAUCUCCGGAGAAGAUGCCCGACUCUCCGGCUAUCUCAACGGUCAUGUCAACGGUCACACAUCCCAGAGCGGGUCCCUAAACGAAGCAGCGCAAGCCGCCCCGGACGGGAUCGAAACCCAGCCUGAGGCUGCUGCUGAAGUUGAGGUCGCCGCAGCCGAUCAGCUGAGGGCGUUGACGGCUGCCAGGGAGGCUGGAGGGGGGAGGGGGGUCGGGAAGGCUACGGGGGAGGUAUCGGCGCAGGCCGCAGGGCUGUUCCGGCGCACGUCGCUGUUGGCUGGGGUUGUGCGGUUCCCUCAGGCAUCCUCAUCCUCAGGGGGUCUCAAGGGGAAAGCCCUCGAGGCGGCGGGGGGAGGGGCGAAGUGGGACGUCAUCAUGGAAGAGGCGAAGCCGGCAGGGGGGCUGAGUUUCGGCGGCGGAGGGCGUGUCGGGGAGGGGCCUCCGUCUUCCAGUCUGCGGCCCCUCGCCCUGCACUGUGCGGAGCAGUGGUCGGGCAGGGUCCGGCCGGAGUGCCUAGAGGUAUCUACAUACGAUGUGGUCCUUCAAGUCGUGCAGCCUCCGCAAGCUCUUAUUGCUGGGAAAUGACUUGUUUAGUGUCUGUGCGGACGGGUUUAGGUGUAGUUUCACGGCAACGAAGUGCGAAGUCGAAGUUGAGGAUGCGAGAACGCAUUUUCCCCAAGAAUUUCUCGUACUUCUCGUCAAGGCCUGCCUUCCCUUGUUCUCAUUCUGGGAACCUAAAGGGCAUCUGCUAUACCCCCUCCCCCCUCCUCUGAGCCUGGUCCGGUGAGAACCCGGCGUGCUCCGUCCCGGCUUUGUAGGGAUGCGAGGU